CCUACUAGGCUAUUAAAAGAAUAUCGCGAGAUCUUUACCUGCAAUUUCUUAAACAGCUUUUAGAAACGCCUGAGAUUUUGGUGAUUUAAAAACCCUCUAUUCUAGUCUCCUCGUCGAUAUUUUCUGUUACCCCCAACUCAUCUAGCCUACACUUCGUUAUGAAACGGACUGUCUUCAUUUCUUCUAAGAAUGAAUUCAACAACAGUAUGCUCCAGGCCGGGAUCCAGAAUGCUCCCGGUGAACGCGCGCAGCCCAAGCCCCGCCCUGCUGAUGUAUAGUUAACUCCAGAGGACGGUGGCCGGAAAAGGACAAUGGUUUCCAUGUCAGCGACAAACGCACUCCUGGUAGUUCUUGGACCUGAUAGUUUUAAGACUGCUGAGGAGCGAGAAAGUAGCUGAGGGAACCUGUGCCUCUCGUAGAACAGGAGCCAUGCCGCGCCGGGGCCUAGUGGCGGGGCCAGACUUUGAUCAUUUUCAGCGUCGCUAUUUCACGCCGUCAGAAGUAGCGGAACACAACCAGCCCGACAACCUAUGGGUGUCUUACCUGGGAUUUGUUUACAAUCUAACACCACUUGCACAGGAAUUCAAAGGGGAUCUACUGUUGAAACCCAUCCUGGAGGUUGCAGGCCAGGACAUUAGUCACUGGUUUGACCCAAAGACUAAAGACAUUCGCAAGCAUAUAGAUCCACUGACUGGUUGCAUGAGAUACCGCACCCCGCGGGGCCGCUUCGUGCAUAUCCCGCCUCCAUUGCCCCGUUCAGACUGGGCCAAUGAUUUCGGAAUACCCUGGUGGAAGGGGGUAAAUUACCAGGUGGGACGUCUGUCUGCUCGGACCCGGAACAUCCGCAUUAUUAACACUCUUACAACGCAGGAGCACACACUGCAGGUAGGGGCUCUGGAGUCAAUGUGGGAAAUCCUACACCGAUAUCUCCCCUAUAAUGCACAUGCUGCCAGCUACACAUGGAAAUACGAAGGGAAGAAUUUGAUCAUGGAUCAAACCCUGGAAGAAAAUGGGAUCCGGGAUGAAGAAGAGGAGUUUGACUACCUGAAUAUGGAUGGUACACUUCACACACCUGCCAUACUGCUCUACUUUAAUGAUGACCUCACAGAGCUAUAGGAAAGGAGAUGUGCAUGUAGAUUCAAGAUGUUUGAGUUUGCCUCUUUCUAUGCCUUGAGGAGAAGAGGUGUGGGUCUGUGGGGCCUGGGCCUACUCCUCUGUUCCCUUCUGGGAAUCAGCCCGUGGUUCUUGUGCCUUUCUGACAUGUAAGGGCCUUAUCCCUGGCUCUUUUGCACAUGAGUGAUUUGCUCAAAGAAUAUUAGAGGGGUUCUAGGAAAGAAUCCCAAUAAGAGAUCUAGAGUCUCUCGGGAGUGUGAGGAGGAAGUAAGGCUCAUGCAAAACUUUUUAGUAGUAAGAGAAAGACGCACGGGGAUGAAGGGAUGGAAGAAUUUUUAUGGCAAGGUUAAGAAUGAGGUGUUUGUAGGAAGGUGGGAUUUACAGAGUCAGGAUUUGGAAAUUAGCAUUACCAGCCAGUGGUGGAUGGUUGACUUCCUUUCUGAAGGUGUUUACUAGUUGGUGUCCCAGGAAAAGUGAAUGCAGUUAAUUUAGGAUUGAAAUUAUGCUGGAGUUUUAUGCUGUUCAGUACAGCUAUCCUAUAAAGUGAAUACAUUAAUGCUAUUUCAUAGGUAAUUCCUUAGGAAUUUACCAAGGCUCUGUAGCACAAGUGCACAUUGAUUAGUUGUAGUAGAGCCACAAUGCACAAACCUGCCCAACUCUGAAAGUCCGGCAUCUUUCAGUGUAAAGGAACAUUCUCAGUAGCUUUGCCUAGUGCUAGCAUCUCUGAUGGCUGCUCUCAGACCAUGUAUUUGGAAUGUGAGCUUGUCCUAGGCUUGUUUCAUGAUGAGGAAAUAUGAGCUAUUGUAUACUCAUGUUGAAAGGGAGUUAAGUAAGAGAGUACUCUAGGGGCAGAGGCAGAGAAGGCUAAAUUUCAUUCAAGCACUUUUUACUGAGGCUGCUUCCUGUUGAUAGCAUAAGAUCUCUCUCUGACUGUUCUGGUACAAGAAGAUAGAUAUUUACUGACUCCAGGAAAAACCAGAAUGGAGAAAGGGCCUAGAGAUCCAGACAUGGUAGUGAGGGACCCAAAAUGGGGGCACCUUCUUUUUCCAGUAGGCCUUGCCACUAACAGACAGCAAGAAAGACAGAGUUGAAUUUGUCAAAUGGUGACCCUAAAAGUGUUUUUUUGGGAUCAGAAAGAGGGGAGCUAAGAGAGGCAGACAGUUCUCAUGGUGACUGGCUACAUCUGAUUCCCUUUAUCCCUAACAGAGGAGGGGAAUUAAGACUAACUGACAUUGUGCCAGGUGUGGUGGCUUUACUCCCAGCACUGGGGAGGCAGAGACAGGUGGAUCACAUGAGUUCCAGGCUAGCCUGGUCUACAAAACAAGUUCCAGAACAGCCAGGGCUACAUAGAGAAAACCUGUCUCAAAACAAACAAAAGCAAAACAACAAUAUAGCAACUGGUCAGUGAACGUCCCUGCCACAGCAUCAGGCAAAUAGGAGUGUGCAUCUUCCCAGCUUGUGGCCUCUGGCUGCAGGGUAAGGUACCAUGACCCCCAUAAGACAUUGGGUGGGACGAAGUGAGUCUUCUGAGAAGGUGACUGUAGGAAGCACGAACAAAGGUGGGCUCAAACUCUUGAUUUCAUUUCAGCGAUUUCUUAAUCUACUGGCGCUGAAGACUUUCACUUAGUCCCAUGCAACCUAAGAGCCCAUAAAUUGUUUGGAUCAAUCAGUCGUGAUAUUUAGUAAAUUCGGAAAUGAUCUAUGUUCUUCUGAGUCUUAAACUAUUUGAGAGACACAGCAGUUCUCCCAAGACACCCUCAGGGAAUUUCUGGGGCUCAUUCUCCCCAAGCGUGGCUCUUUUCCAGGGCAUCCCACUUGUAGAUUUUUUGUCCUGGGAUGGAGUGGGGGUGUGCCUCAUGUUGGGGGUGGGGGGUGGGGUCUCAUUAUGUAGCCCUGGCUGGCCAGGAACUCAGAGAUCACUUGCCUGUUCCCACCUUCUUGUUAGAAAUACACACUGUAUGCCCAAGCACUCAUCAAUCCUAUCUCUAAGAAGCCUUUGGAAUCUGUUCGUUUGUCUCAGAUUCCUGGGAAACUUCCUGAUGUCCAUUUUCUACCUCUGCUUUCACAAACCUAAAUAUCUUACUUUCUAAGCCGGGCGGUGGUGGCACAUGCCUUUAAUCCCAGCACUUGGGAGGCAGAGGCAGACAGAUUUCUGAGUUUGAGGCCAGCCUGGUCUACAGAGUGAGUUCCAGGACAGCCAGGGCUACACAGAGAAACCCUGUCUCGAAAAACCAAAAAACAAACAAACAAAAAUCUUAUUUUCUACCUUGGAUCUUCAGUAGGCUUUUCAUGCUUUUGGAAUAAAAGCCUAAAUUCAAAAAGGCUGGCAUAAAUCAGGCUCUGUCUUCCUUGCCCAUGGCCUCCACAUAGAUAGUCGUCCUUGUCCUGUAUCAUGUCCUUCUAUUUUGCACCUUGAUUAUCCUAAUUAUUCAGUUUUUUUUUCUUUGUCUUUUUUGGCCCCACCUCAGCAGUAUGCAUUUUUUUUUCUGCGUUCUUAUCAUUUUAAAACUAUGUAGACUGGGUGAAAAUGGCUGGCUGCUAGAUUGUAAGCUCAUGAGGGGCAGAAACCUCAUUCAUUUAUGUAUUCUCAUUGCUGAGCACAUAGCUGCUGCUUAAUAAAUAUGACUGAAUGAACUCA